GGGCAUGAUGCGGGGCCAGGGCUGCGGGGUGUGAGCCGGGCCAUGGCUAACGUCAAGGUGGCCGUGCGGGUCCGGCCUCUGAGCAAAAGAGAGAGAGCAGAAGGAGGAAGAGUGAUUGUAGAAGUUGAUGACAAAGUGGCAAAAGUCAGAAAUAUAAAGCUUGACAGUAGGCUUGAUGGCACUUGGGACUCAAGAGAAAAGUCUGUGGCCUUUAGCUUUGACUACUGCUACUGGUCGGUUGAUCCAGAAGAUCCGAACUAUGCAUCUCAGGAAAUGGUGUUUCAGGACCUUGGCACUUCUGUGCUGUCAGGUGCAUUUAAAGGAUACAACAUCUGCCUCUUUGCAUAUGGACAGACAGGUUCAGGAAAAACUUACACAAUGAUGGGAACACCUGCAUCCAUUGGGCUGACACCUCGGAUAUGUGAGGGACUCUUUGCACGGAAGGAUGAUUACUCAGACCAGACAGCAUCUUGCAGAGUAAAGGUCAGUUUUCUUGAAAUCUACAACGAACGUGUCCGGGAUUUGUUAAAGAAAUCAGACCUAAAGAAACCUUACACACUUCGAGUCCGAGAACACCCUGAAACAGGACCAUACGUCCAAGGAUUGACACAACGUUUAGUUACAGACUACAAGCAAGUUGUGGACCUUCUAGAAGAAGGAAUAGCUAAAAGAAUCACAGCAGCUACACACGUUCACAAUGCGAGCAGCAGAUCCCAUGCUAUCUUCACCAUCCACUACACUCAGGCUAUAUUGGAGAACAAUCUCCCCUCUGAAAUUGCAAGCAAGAUCAACUUAGUGGACCUUGCAGGCAGUGAAAGAGCUGAUCCCAGUUACUGCAGAGAUCGAAUUACUGAAGGUGCCAAUAUUAACAAGUCAUUAGUUACACUUGGAAUUGUCAUCUCCACUUUAGCACAAAAUUCACAGAUGUUCAGCAGCUGCCAGAGCAUAAACACCAUAACAAGUGAGGGGGAGAGCAAUCCUGCAGACAGUCCUUCCAUGGGCACUGGCAGUGGGAGCCGGCGCCCGGCUUACAUCCCAUAUCGUGACUCCAUCCUCACCUGGCUGCUGAAGGACAGCCUGGGGGGCAACUCCAAGACCAUGAUGAUUGCCACUAUCUCUCCUGCCAGCUCCAGCUACAAUGAAACCAUGAGUACCUUGAGAUAUGCUUCAAAUGCCAAAAAUAUUAUUAACAAGCCCAGAGUGAAUGAGGAUGCAAAUGUAAGACUGAUCAGAGAACUGCGAGAAGAAAUUGAUAGGUUGAAAACUAUGCUGAUGAGCUUUGAACUGAGGAAUUCCAGUCCUUCUUGGAGUGAUGACAGGGAUGGAAAUCUGACCGAGCUGGUUCUUCAGAACGAAAUGAAGAUUGAGCAAUUGACCAAAGACUGGACCAGUAAGUGGACAGACAAGAAAGCCAUCAUGGAAGAAUACAGUGUGGACAUCAACAAGGAAAAAGCUGGAGUAACAAUAGAUUCUAAUUUACCUCAUCUGAUGGCCAUGGAUGAUGACAUCCUCAGCACAGGAGUGGUGCUGUAUCAUCUCAGGGAAGGAACAACCAAGAUUGGAAGAAGUGACUCAGACCAAGACCAAGACAUUGUUUUGCAGGGACAGUGGAUUGAGAGGGAUCACUGUAUGAUAGACAACAUCUGUGGGAUUGUGACACUGCGACCAGUUCAGGGUGCACACUGCACAGUCAAUGGGUGUGAAGUCACUGGAUCCUGUCGGCUGUCACAAGGAGCUCUUGUUGUCCUUGGCAAGUCUCAUAAGUUCAGAUUCAAUCACCCAGCAGAAGCUGCUAUCUUAAGACAAAGAAGAUCAAUCAGUGAAACCUCUCCCGUUCUGAGUUGUGGAGCUUUAGACUGGCUCAACUUGGAUAGAAGUUGCACCCAUUCUCCUCAUUAUAUACUUUCUACUCUUGACAAUCAAAAAUGUAGAAGCUGUAAAGAAAAAUGUUCUCCUGAACUAAGCAGAGAAAUAGAUGCUGUGCGUGAAGAGUACAAGCAGAAACUGAGAGAGCAGGAAGCUUUCCACAGAAGACAGAUCCAGCAGCAGCAGCUCUAUGUUGAGGAUUUGGAGCAGCAGAUCCUGAGAGGACAGAUCAAAGCUGAGAAGGAGCUAGAAAACGACCAAGCACUCAUCAAUCAGCAAAUCCAAGAAAACCAGCAGUGGCUUAUCAAUGAGAACAGGCGACUGGCUGCCCUUCAGCAUCAGCAGAGGGAGUUUGCAGUGCAGACAGAGGCUACACAGUGUGCAGAGGCUGAGGUGCAGAGUACCAUUGGGCUGGAAAUCUGCCCUUCCCUGCUACAACAGAACAAGAAGCAGCUGGUGCAGCUGGAGCUCCUGCGAAGAUAUUCCUUAAAAAAGGCAGAAAGGAACAUCAGACGGAAAAAGGUCAAAUUCCAGCUGGAAAGGAUAGUCAAGAAGCAGAAGUUAUUGGAAGCCAAGCAAAACCUAGAGCAGCUGGAAGCUAGCUGCUGGAUCAAUGAAGAGUGUGUGAAACAAGCCCAAAUCCUAAAUGAAAAUCCUGCUUUAUGGUCCUCUUUGGAUCACCAGUUGCAAAAGCGAAGGAAGUCACUGGGCUCAAGUUCCUUGCAGCAGAGGCAGCAUUCAUUCUGUAACCCAUGCCUGCCACAGGUACCCAGCCAUUUGUUGAAGAGGGAGACUUUCUCAAAGUUAUCUACCUCACCAAAUACUGAUCAAUGCUGUGAAGGCAACACAACAAGGAGGUUGUCAUCUGUAGAAUAUUUUUACAGAAAAGUUAAAGACAUUUCUGGGAGUGAUGACCUUAACAAUGAAAAAGGGAUCUCCUUUUCAGUACAGAGGCAGCUAACUGAAGGACAAACCCCAUCUUCAUCUGGAAGUAAAAAAGUAGCAGAGAAAGACUCUAAUGAUUCAGCUAUCAUGGCUUAUACCAGUAAAAAUGAUCAAAAAGUUGAAAAGUUGAAUGACAGCCCAGAACAAGCUGAAUCUCAGAAACAGACUUCUAAAGGCUCCUCUCCUGAUCUUUUUAAGGAGAAAGAUGAGCCUGAAACCUUCAUCACAGGGACAAGAAUGACAAAAGCAAAGGUGCUAAAAGAUAUAAAUCAGCCUGCAAGCAGCAAUCCAGACCAAAAUAGAGCUCAGGUAUCCAAUGAAAAGAACAGAAUGAAUGGAAAAGGCCACAGGUCUUCUCCAGAAAAGUUUUCUAAAGAAGUUAAGAAAACACCAUAUGGAAAACCACCAUCAGCCCAUUUAAACCAAACAGCCAAGAACUGGAAGAGAGAGGCAAACUCAGCCUUGCUGAAUCAUGAGAAAUCAAUGGAACAGCAAGAAUUUCUGAUGGUGGCAACAUCAGCUGGAAAUCUCACUAAGAUGAAUGCACAGGCACCACUCCACUUUGUCGAAAAGAAGUGGCACAGUGCUGAGAUGCUAAGUGCUGGAGUGUCCAAAAUAAGCACAGAUGUGCUGGGGAACUGCCAGGAGGAUGAUGAAAAUGAGAUUUCUGAUACUGACAGUUCCUAUUCUGUAGAUUCUCUCUCCUGUGCUUAUGCAAAAGCCUUCACAGAGAAGGUGAAACAAGAAGAUUUUGACAGAAAUCAAUGUCUUGCCAACCCAGAAGAUUCUGAGAGCGAUGACAGUCAAAUGUCACAGGACUCUCUGGUAGAAAAGGAAAAUAGAACAAAACAGCAAAAUAAAAGCCAAUUUCACAAGUCAAAGGCUCACCAUGACCCAGCUAAGCUUUCCAAAAGCAGAACUGAUCACCGUGUUUCAUCUUUGGUGACACCAUACACAUCUUGUAGGAGACUGGGGAGGCCCGAAAGAAGCUUUUCUCUGGACAGCUUAGCUGAUACAGAAGAGAUGCCAGCAGAAGAUCUGGUAGAAGAUUCCAAAUCUGAUUCAUCUGAUGAAAUGCCAGCAGAGAUUUUUUGGAAGUUACAAACUCCCAGAUCACCAGCUAUACAGACUGAGGAAGACCACAAGUCCAAGACCUGUGACAGAGGUAUGGAAGGGACAAAUGAUCUGAAGCUGAGCAGUUCCUUUUAUUUGGACACAAAACCACAACCUGCUUCCAGUAAUGCUUGCAAGCAGUUGCUGAAGGAGACAAAAGUCUCUUUUGUAGAGCAAGAAGGGUCUCUUGAUAGAAGAUUGUAUUACCCAAAUGGAGAUCCUUUGCUUUCUACUGAUGCGUGGUCUUCCUGUCACUCAAAGGUUGACAUCAGCAGCCCCAGAAUAACAGCACCUUCUUCCCAUGAAAAUCUGGAAUUUCAAGAAGCUCAUCCAUGCUCUUUGAGCAAACCAGAACAUUGGCUGAAGAAAGAUGAUCUAAAACAGUCAGCUGCUGAAGUUUCUUUUGUUUCAGGCUCUAAGCAGAUACACAGCAUUACUCAUUUAUCACGUCACAUAAAUGAACCAAACACAGUCUUCUCUUCUGACACAUCAGAAUUACCUUUACCUGAAACAACAAUGGCAAACAGAGUUUCUGAGAGUGGAUCAUUAAAUAAGAUUCUUGAGAGAUGGACAAACUCAAAUGGAAAUUCUUCCUUAGAAUCUCAAGAUGUAAAAUCCUCAUUUGUUAGCUCAGUAGGACCAAGCUCCUCUUUUAUUUCUACUUCAUCAAAGCAUGAUUAUUAUCAACAUUCACGACCAAAUCAUCCUGAACAAGAACAGCUGAACAGAUUAACUACUUAUAGGUCUACCACUGAAUGCACACAAAUGUUCCACUGUUUGGAAAGUGCCUCCACUGCAGACUGCUUGUCACUGGUACCUAGGAAAGAGGAGGAAUCUUUCCCCACAACACAUCCAGAGCUGCAAAAAGAUCACAGUCUGACAAAAACACCUUUUAUUUCUGUGUUGCCUGUGCACACUUUGGAGCAGAGAAGUGGCUGCAUGGAUGCAGAUUCAGGAGAUGAUUUCCUAAGAACUUUUGAAAAAGAUGACUUAGAUGGUGACUACAAUAACUUGAUGACAAAACUAAGUAUAACAGAUUCAGGCAGUGGAAGUGCAUCUGUCAGUGCACCUGCUACUGAAUCUUCUACAGGAAUUGUUCAUCAUUUGGCCUCAACACAAGCAUCUGAAGUAAACCGAGUUCAGUUUGGAAACCAUGGGCAGCUUUUCCCAAGAAGGGAAAUACCAACAUGUUGUGAUGAAGGUUUCUUUCUCAGUGAUGUAGCAAAUAAGAACUGCAGUUCCAAGCUUCAGACACUGGCUGGGCAAGGAGCAGAAUCAUCUGUUAGAGUUGAUCUCCUCCAAUCUGGGGCAAGUAAUUUAGAAACAAUGCAAGAAACAGAUUGUGGACAAACAGCCACAGAAGAAGUACCAACAGAGACAGACUUUUCAUCACAGAAGACAAGAUAUCACUUCAACCCUUUACUUACUGCUCAUGGUACAAGUUAUGAUCAAUCUGCAACAGCAAUAGAGAUGUCUCAAAAAGAGAUUAUCUGUAUGCAAACAAGUACAGAUAGUUUGGCAGAAACAGAGCCGGAGGUGCCUUCAUUUGGAGAUGAUGAUGAAGAAUAUGAGCCAAAGGAUGAAGACUUGUCUUCACUGAAUCAUUAUGAAUUCAAAGGCAGACCUGUCUCAAAAAAUUACUCCCAUGAAUGUUUUCUAGCAGACAGUCAGGAGAGUUGUUUAUCCCAAGGAAUUUCAGAAAACCCUACAUUAUGCACUGAUAACGGAAGAGAAGAAAGUAGUGAAGGCAAAGAGCACAGUGCUUUGAAUUCUCAGGCUGUAGUUCAGAAAGAAUUUUCAUCCAAAUAUGAAAACUUAGUGGUAAAUGAAGUAAGUUAUCUGAUUAUGAAUGUAAAUGGAAAAGACGCCGAGUCCUUUCCUGCAGCUGUCUGUGAGAGUACAAUUGAUUUUCUCCCAGAAUCCAACUCAAGCAUAUUUUACCAAGCUUCAAGAAAAGCUAAUCUUUUUCAAAGUGCAUCUGAGACUGAAAAUUAUGAUAAACUACUGGAGCAUGUCACAGGAGUGAAAGGAGAUCAUGAUGUUACAUCUAAUCUUACCGUGGAGGAAGUCAGUGCCACAGAAAGCUGCUCUGGAGUCCAUUCCAGCAGCCUUUGCACAACGUGCUCUUCAAAAUCAACAGGGCAGAAAAACCAUGUGCAUAAGAUGAGUGACAUUUCUGAUACAACCAUUCUUCUGGAAACAGAGACAAAGAACACAUCUUUACUUGAAUCAAGAGAAGAGAAAGAAGGGCUUUUUGAAAGUGAUUGCCCAGAGGAUAUCUUGCUUGAUGAAGAUGAUGUAAACUCAGAGUCAGGAAGAGUACUGGAAUGCAACACAAAUACAUCAGCUACUCUUUCUCAAGAGGAGAGUCCAUGUAUAAAUAAAGAAUCUGAUUUUUUAAGAAAUACAGAAAUGAAUCCAGAAGAAGCUAUGGUUCCUUAUCAGAAUACAAAAGCAAAUGAUGAUGGAGAAAUAACAAAAUUGAUUAACAGUGCAAUCAACUUAGAAAAAAAUGCAGUGGAAAUUAAAUCCAGACAGAUUGAAAGUUUACCUGACUACCCAGUAGCCAAAGUCCAAAGUGUAAUUGAAGACAGGUGUAAAGAGGACUUAAAAGGCAUUUGUCUAUCUCAGAAACCAAAGAAAUCUAUUGACAUUGAAGCUUGUGAAGUUCAGUGUGAGUUUUAUAAAAACCUGUGCCUGACACCUGAAGAGGUAGAAAAAGAUGAAUCAGAGGUAGCCAGCACCAGGGUGGAACACACUCAGGAAUCAAAAGCACUCGUGCAUUCUGGCAGCCAACUUGAAGCAAGCAGCUUUUGCCAAAAAGAAAAAAGUGAGGAAAUAGACAAAGGUAUUUAUUCCCCAGAAUUUUCUGUUGCUCCCCAAAACACUCCUUCUACUGUGUGUACCCACACAAGAGAUUUUACUCAGAAUACUUCAGGCCUCCUUGAUGCUUGUGGGGGGCUUUUGCAAAUGAACAGGAAAAUAGAGAACAUGUUUAAUCCAGAGGAUGUGGCUGCAAGUGCACUGAUCACAGGUAGGCAAGGAAAUAUUUUAGCAAAACGUGAACAUGAAGGACAAGGAAAAUCUAGCAAUGUCACUGAACAUCAUGCACCAAACUUCUUGUCCCAGGAGGACAAAGUUAAUGAAUAUGAAGUGACUGGGAGGGAAGAACAGAUUAGCAUGACAAAUGCUGAGGGGCUCAUUAGUACAAGGCAAGAAAUCAUAGACACAGGUGAAAAUGUUUUACUUACUGAGGAGUUUCCAACUGAAUGUGGAAUGUGUUGUGACAGAGACAGCAAAGAGGAAAUCUUAAAUCCAUUUAAGAUCCCUGAAAGAUACCUGACAGCUUCAGGAGCAGAGUGUAAUUCACUGUUAGAAGAUGAGUCAAGAUAUCAUGAUCCUACUGAAGUGACUGAAGAUGGUGGCUCAGUGGAUUCUGUUACAGAUACAAGAAAUGCAGUCAUGAGAGAAAUUGAUGUAGAUGACUAUUCUGUUGAUGAUAGCACUGGUAUUGACCAAUAUAGAAUUGAGCAAAAGUUUGAACAAGAGGACAGACAGACCUAUAUGACUUGUUCUAUUCGAUAUCCUGAGUGUGUUGCUUCAGAAAACUUGAAUGUGAGAAUUUCUAACUUGAAUGUUAGAAAAAGACCUGGUAUUUGUGAAUUGAACCCAGUAGGUUCCAGAGCUGAGCAGGAGAAAGUGCAUUUGGUGAAUCUAGAACACGUGGCCAAAACAGACAAAGAAAAGCAGAUGCGUGUAGAAAACACAGAGGAGGUAAAAAUUAACAAAAACCUGAAUGAACUGUUCCCUGAAAACAAAGACAUCUGCCAAAUGCCACAUGAUGACAGCAGAUUAAAUGAAAUAUUAAAAGCAAGUCAGUGGAUGUCUACCAGCUUUUCUAGAAAUACUGACGAUAGCAGCAAUCAACAAAAUCCACCAGCAGCACUAAAGUCUACUGAAAAAAACCAAGAAGAUUCACUUAAAGACUCCCCAUUCCAAUCUGUAAAUCACCUUUUCUAUCUUGGAGUAAGUGACAAUACCCAUCUUGUUCAAGAUGUUCCCACCACUGCAUUGACUGGACAUCCAAAGCCAUCUCACAGCAGUGUUGGAGCUAAAGCUGUCCUGCCCUACUAUGAAACUUUGAUGGAGAGUGAGGUCUGUGUUGGAACACCUGUUCCAGGCCACAAAAUGAAGGAAGACAAAUAUCUGUCUGCUAAAAUGCAAAGUGAAAAUGUAGAUUUUCUGCAAGCCAGGACCACACAGGGCAGGCAGAAGGAAGAAUGCUUUGUAUUUAGCAAUCCUCUUGAUUAUGUUGCCUGUGGGCAACCUGUCAAUGAGAAGAGCAGCUCUUCCACUCCCUGCACUCCAGGCAUUCUCCAGUCUGAACCUGUGGCACUUCAGCAGGGCACCACAGGAAACUCAUUUUCCUUGGAAAACUUGGAUUCUUCCGAAAAUGUAAUUCAGGAUGUUAAAAACACUCCUGCAGAGCACAGUGUGGAUUUAACAGUUAAUAAACUAUCAAAAGACUGCCUUAAUUCCAGAGAAGAUACAUCUCCAGAGGAAAAGUGUGCCAUUGGGCCUAAAUCACUGCUCUUGGAUAACCCAAAUGUGCCUCCUUCUUCAGAGAAAGGAAGGAUGGAAGAUAUAGAGGGGGAAAAAAUACAUUCUUUACUGGAAAUGUCUCCCCCCAAGAUGUUUCACAAUGUUAAAACAGCUCAGAAAGUACUUCACUCAGGGAGUUUAUCACCACAGGGUGAGGAGAAAUUUCUAAGCACAAGCUAUUCUACAGAAAAUGGAAAACAUGAACAUGCAGAGUUUCCUGGUGUAGCUGGACAUCAGCGUGAGCCCAGAGAAAAUCAGGGAGGUGGGAAUUCUAGAGAGUGCUGCCCAGACCAAUCAGGCAACACUGUCUCUGAGAACACCUUAUCCCUUUCAGAAGGCCUGAACGAGUCCCCAUGGGAAAAUCCACGGUGUAGUAAAGAGUCUCUAAUUUAUAACAGGAACUCUGACACUUCUGGAUGUUCUCCUGGUCUCCUGAGUCCUCCAGCCUCAUUUGCAGAGGUUUUGAUCACCAGCAGUGGAGACAAAAGUGAAAAGGAUGCUGUUCUCUCUAAAGAAACAAAAUACUUUGAAAGUGAAUUGACUGAUUUAAAUGUAUCCAUAACUUUCCCUGAUGCUUCUCAAAAUGGAGAUGAAAGGAAAAAUAAUCCUGCAGUUGCAGAGGCCACGUAUGCUCAGAAUAAUAAACUCCCUGGAAAAGUUGCAGGAACACAUCAAAAUGGAAAAAUAAUUCAAGCUUCUUCCCAGAAUUGCAGUGACAUAAAAGAAAAUAAAACUCCUGAGUACCCAGAGCACAACAGUAACAUUUCUGUGUUAUCUGUACCAGAACUUGGCUCACUUACCUUUCAGAGUCAAGGACAGACUGGCAGCAGAAAAUCCAAGUCUCUACCAUCCUACUCUGCAGAAGGCCCUCUGACUGAUACAGCAUUUCAAAGCUCCAAGAACUUCAGUGUUUUCAACACUUCCUGUUUACCCGAUGAGACAAAAUCUCUCGUAUUUAGUCAGCUUGAGGACUCACUUCAAGACACUUCUUUGACCGAGCAAGUAUCCUCCAGUUCUGCAGAAGUGUGUCCUCUAAAAGAAGAAAAUUUCCCCCAAGCAUUUACAAGUGUCAGUCACCCAUCCUUGAUACUAUUACCAGAUACAGGCCAUGGUGAAACUGGCACAUAUGAUGUUUCACAGCUAAGAGUAUUGCAACACUCUCCAAUUGCUGUUUUGCAAAUACAGGACACUCAGUCUGAUAAGGCUGUGGUAUUUGAUGAGCCAGUCCCUCCUUCAGGAAGUAUCUUACUUUCUCUUGCAAAAGAAAACAGGCAUUGUCCAGUAUCAGACACAGAUGCUACUUCAUAUCAAAAUUCUGCUGUAGAUGGGGAACCUUUAUAUGGAAGUCCUUGUAAAAAAUUUGACAAUGCUAUAAAAGUUGAUCAGCACCACUGGGGUAAAGUUUCACCACAAGAAGCUUGCACAGAACACACAGAGAAAGCACUAGGUAAUGAUGAUUCUCCUUUGUUAUCAUCAUUACCUUUCUGGGAUACUGGAAGGGCAGUUGCUGUUAAAGAGGGGCAAAUGAGAAAACUAAAUAGAAAUGAGGAAGAACUGCAUUCAGAUACUGAGGCUCAACAUUUUGCUGUAAAGACAGAGCAGAGCAAAACAUCAGGUCGAGAGCCUAUUGAAAAGCAAAAUAAUGUAUCCUCAAUUUAUACAAAUGAAUUAAUAGGCCCAGUAGUUACAGUGUUGGAAAAUCCAUAUCCAGGAGCUGUUGGUGUGGAUCCUGAACACACCCGCAAUUCAUUUAGUCCAACAUAUCCCACAUACAGCACAAGCACUGAUCCCAGACAACUGUAUCAUGCUGUCUUGGGUUUUGACAGACCUGUAGAUCUGCAAGAGAGUUGUCAGGAUGUGCCUAGAGGUGAGCAGGUAAAACAGGUGCCAGAGGGAACAAAUACAGAUGGUAGAAAAGAGAUUGUAAUUUGCAAAGAUAAUACAGGUUCAGGUAUUAAUAGCCCUGAUGAUGCUGCAGACAAUUGUUCAGCCAUGGGAGAUGUUAUAAUGAGGAACAAGACUUUGAAAUCUGAAAGGCUGAAGUUUUCUGCAAUGAAUAAUCAAAGUACCUCUGUAAAGUUUUUGCCAGAAAACCAUGAUUUGCCUCCUCAUGAAUCCAAAUCAGUGCAAUUCAGGAGCAAAAGGUCAUAUUCUACUACACGGAGUACAAAGAGCUGUAAACAAGGUGAAGAGAGGCCUUAUUUACAAAGUCACAGACUGUCAGCCCCAGCUAUUGCUGUGUCCUCUGAUCUAGAAUAUCCUUUGGAAGCUUCAUCUAAGGCAGAUCCUCUGUUAUAUUCUACAUCUAAAUCCCUACAGGAUUUAAAUAUGAGUGUAGAGCCUCCAUCACCAACUGAAGAUGAUCUCCAUGGAAUGGAAAGAUUUGCAAAGCAGGAAUCAAAGAACUUUCUACAGGUUAAAUCUAAAUCCAGAUUUCAGCAAAGAAUGGCACAAACCAAGAAGCUUGCAAACUGUGAUCCAAAAAAUUUACAAAAUUUUGCAGCAAGAACCCAAAGCAGCCAGUGUUUAAAAGACUGUACAACUCAUUCUCCAGCAUCAUUCCUGCACACAGUGCACAACCAUGUGGGUGCAGGAGCAAGUGGGUGUUCUGAGAGUAAUUCUGUAGCUCAGUGUAGUGAAGGCAAACUUGAAGAAGCUGGGUGCCAGCCAGAAGCAGAUGUAUUUUUGCAAGACAAUAAAGAUGCAAUGCAUUUUAGUUCAAGUGAUAUCAACCCAUACAUUCGUCCAUGGCAAGAAGAUGGAUCAUGCAAGAUUGGCUGGAAACAGUAUGUUUUUGGAAGUGCCAGUGAUGUCUCUUGCAAUCAAAUUCCUUUAAACCUGGAAAAUCGUAAAGUUAUGAGAUGUUCCAGCGUAGACAAUGGACUGAAUUCACAAAAUUCUCCUUUUCAUUCUCAUCUCAGCUCGUAUGCUACAGCAAAAGUUUUAUCAAGCACUUUAAGCAGCAUUGAAGGUCUUCAAGGAUGGGACAAUGUCAGACAAGGUUUUCCAUCUGCUUUCUCAAGUGACAGUACCAAGCAGUAUAGCAAUGUGUCCAGUGACACGCUGGAAACUAAUCCAGAAAAUAAUACUGCUGAAUUUGAGAAUCUGUCUCCUCAACAGGGUAAUUCUUCAAUGCAGGUUGAUGAGAUUGUACUCUUAUAUCCUUCAGAAUCUGAAAUGUCCUCCAGAAAGCUACCAGUGAUUACGUGUGAACAGGGAACACAAACAACAAAUACAGGAAGGUAUAAAAGGCAGAGAAGACAUCAGAGAAGCUAUACAGACAUUUCUGCAAGAAAGCAGGAACCAAACAGAGAUUUAUUUCAUCGACCUUCUUCUUGGACAAGUACGCAGAACCUGUCUGUGCAUCUGUCACAGCUUCUGCAGAGCACUUCUGAACUGUUGGGAAACCUCUCCCAACAGACUAUUAUGGAUAAUGAGCAGAAUGCCAGAGCCAACCAGAGGGGAACUGAGGAGGCUGGAAAGGCCACUAGAUCAGAUAGCUGCACUCAGACUACUGCAGAUGUAGGCACUCAAACUGAGGCUUUGGAAGACCCUCAAGGCAGACAUGAAGAAAAACAAGUGGAGGCAAAAAUGGAAAAUGAAUUGAGGGCAGCUCCAUCAGUAAAUGUUGAUUGGAAAGGAAUAGGUGCAGAUGCAGCAGGGAGUAUUCCCAAAAAGAAGGAGGAAACAUUCUCGCUUGGAGAAGGAACACAAGAACGAACAGGGCUGAAAGAUCUGGGCAAUCCUGACUUCCAUGGCAGUUUUGACAGCAUUUUGGAAGACUCCUUUAUGCAUCUGCCUCCCUUACCCAGAGCCUCCACUUCUGUCUUAGAUUUUCAAAAAACAUCAUUAAUUGCACAGCAGACUCUUGGUUUUGCUAGUCCCAGAGUUUCAUCUGUCACAUCACAUUCUCAGAGCUCAGGGCAGGAUGGUUCCUCAUGCACUGUAGUUAGCAGCCCUAUUAAUAGCACCUUUCAAUCUCCAGCAUGUUAUGGUCAGGAUAAAAGAAAUGCCAAUGAAUUAGAGGCUCCAGCAGAAAGAAAAUAUUGCUACAAGAACACCCUGCUAGUUGACAGGGCCUCUUCCCCUAUUCUUACUCUUAGUGCUAGUCCCAGCAGCCAGACUGCUUUUAAUAAGUCUGUCCAUCCUUCUAAGGAACCUCUUGGAUAUUCCACUGGUGCUUCAAGUCUCCUUCACAACCAGAGAAAGCAGAGGGCAGGUCCAUGGGCCAACAUGCAACCUCAUGUGGACAAUUUUUCACAGACAGAAGCAGACAGUGAACUGAGCACAGAGAGAGACAACAAGGGCAUAAGAAAGAAAUCUGAAGGUUUCUCAGAUAAGAAAGCAUUCAAAGAUCUUUUAGGACAGGAUGGCUCAAAAGACUUGGAACAACAGCAUAGACUCGUGGUUGACACCCACACCACCAUUCGUGCAAAACAACUGUGUCACUCCAGUAGUGUGCUGGAGGUGUCAGACCACAGGGAAGUUUUGACAGGAGAUUUCAGAGACCCCAGUCCCUUGGCACAUUCGGUUCGUUGUAUGUAUGUUACGAGGGGAGGAAGAGGUUCCUCAGCUGGAGUAGGACAUGAAAAGUGUGUUGGUAAUUCUGGUAUCACUUUGAUCCAUAAUUACUCACCUCCAAAUGCUGACUUAUUUUCUAAUAAAAAAAUGAGUGCCACUUGUUCAAGUAAGACAACUGCUGGUACAUCCUCAGAACCCCUGGUGGAAGCAUCGUCUCUACAGCUUCACAAUUUCCUCUGGAAAAAUGACAACAGCUGCUCUGACGUGAGCGAUGUGCAAACUUCCUUCCAAGAUGACAAUACAGAUUCUGUCACUGAAAGUGAAUGUGACACUGAAAUUCCUCUCAGCAAAAAUACUGCUUUUGCAAAGCCGUUCAGGCCCCGGAGCUACAGUCUCCGUGACUUACCUGUACACAAUAAAUUCAGCAACUGGUGUGGUGUUAAGGGCAGCCCUGCUCCUUCCUUACUCAGCUUGGGUGGCAGUGUGACUGACUUAGGAAGUCAGGCAGAAAGGAAACGAGCAACUGAACUGGGAUUGAAAUCCCAGCUCGGAGACAGCAGGAGCAGAGAGAUUGAGAGGCUCCAGAGGGAACGUGCCCAGAUCAUGUCUGGCAUCCACCUCGACCUGCACCAGCAGCCCCUGACUGUGGAACUGGCCGAAGCAAAGCUGAGUUAUGGCAUUGGGGAGACGGACGCCCUUCUGAGGGUCCUGCAGAGUGGAACUGUAGAAGACCUGGUGGGAACUCCAGUGAAACAGCAGCUGUAUGAAAGACACAUGAGGACUAUUGAAAUUCUGAGGAAGGAAAGAGAAAAAAGGCUGCAGAGAUAUCAGCGAAGCCGAAGUCUAAGUCCUCAGAAGCAUCUGAGUUUGUUGCAGACACUGGAUGGAAGUCAGAGAGAUUUAGAUCUCCCCAGCAGGCGCCGAGAAUAUCUGCAGCAACUGAGAAGAGAUGUGGUGGAAAAUACCAGAGCUCGAGAAUCAAAAAGAAGAAGCAUUCAGCAUCCUUCAGACAUUGAAGUGUUGCUCAGAGACUACCAGAAGGCACGAGAGGAAACCAAAAAUGAAAUUGCACGAGCUAGGGACAAACUUCGGGAGAGAGCUGAGCAAGAGAAGAGGCGCAUACGGGAGCAAAUAUUUUCUCAGUUACAGAAGGAGGAAGCAAGGCUGAAGACUCUUGCAAGUACAAGCACUUUAUGUACAGACUCCAGCCUCAGCCUCUCCUCUGGCCCCACAUCAGGUUACAACAGCAGCAACACUGCUGCUUACACUGCAAGUAACCUCAGCAGCCAGGAAGGACAGAUUUCCUCUGGAAAUGCUCUGCUUUCAAGAAAUACACGAGGUCGUUCAGCUCUUAGAAACAGUCAGCUUUAUGUGUUAGAGCAACUACAGAAAGAUAAAACAUUGGAAGCCAGCAGAAUUCAGCCAUCCCCUUCUUCCAGUAGCAUCAGCUGUAGGUCCACUCAUGGAUUAACUAUUUCAGUCAGCUCCUCUUCAACAAAAGGAUACCAAGAUUUAUCCAAGCAUAUCUUGGCUAACGCUACCACUGAGGUAAUGGCAGCAUGCUCUAAUAACCUGAGGAAUCUCUACACGUGCCAAGCAGCAGCUGGUUGGAAGUAUCAAUGUACAGAAAAGGAAGUGCUGGUUUACUACAAAGUCUUCCCUUCAGCAACAAGGCACGGGUUUCUGGGUGCAGGAGUGAUAGAAAGGCCUCUGCUCUCUGUCUGGGGAUUAGUGAGAGAUCCUGGCAAAAGGCAUCUGUAUGACAGAACCAUCAACACAGCUCGAGUACACAAGAAGGUCACCAGCCACAUUCAGCUGGUAUAUUUAGUGACUGACAGCUCCCUGUGUUACCUUAAGCAGCCCCGGGAUUUCUGCUGCAUUACUGUAGAAGCUGAAGAGGAGAACUUGUCUGUCUUGGCUAUUCAGUCUGUUUAUGACACAUCCAUGCCUCACCCUUGUAAAGAAGUGGUGAGAGGGGAGAUUUUACCAAGUGCUUGGAUACUGGAACCUGAUGUAGUGAAUGGAAGAGAUAUCACCAGAGUAAUUUACAUGGCACAGGUGGAUCUUGGUGCCCCAGCUAUCCCUGCAAGGCUCCUGAAUUCCAUUGCUAAGCGACAGCCUCUGGUGAUUGCUCAACUGGCACAUUUCCUUGCUAGUUAGUGUUUGGUACAAAACUGGACACUUAACA